AUGUGCACUCUUCAAAACAACUUUGAGCCAAGCUUCAUUGCCGAAGGUGACUACGUUAUUGGUGGCAUCUUCCCUUUGCAUUAUGACCAGGAGAUGCCAAAACCUGACUUCACUCACCGACCUACAGAUUUCAAGUGCAGCAGAUUUGUUACUCUGAGUUUCUGUUGGGCUCUGUCAAUGAGGCUGGCAGUGGCGGAGAUAAACCAGAAAAAGGACUUAUUACCCAAUCAUACUCUUGGGUACAAAAUCUUUGAUUCUUGCACAUAUUCACUGACUGCUCAGCAGGCUACCCUGUUGAUGUUGAAUGGUCUGAGGACAAACCAUUCUCCCAUAUGCAAUGGCACCUCUCCAAUCCUUGCUGUGAUUGGAGCCUCUUUAUCUUCUCUGUCCAUUGUGGUGUCAAGAAUCCUUCAGUUAUUCAAAAUUCCAAUGAUCAGUUAUUCGUCAACCUGUACAUGUCUCAGUGACAGGAGAAAUUACCCUAACUUCUUCAGAGUUGUUCCUCAUGAUGAUUAUCAGGUGAAAGCUCUUGCUCAGUUGUUGAUACACUUUAACUGGACUUGGGUUGGACUGCUUCGGGAAGAACAUGAAUAUGGCCAUUUCGCUCUACAAGGUUUACUGAGGGAGUUAAGGGGGACCGUAAUUUGUGUGGCAUUCCAAGAAACAAUUCCAUCUCAGUACAACCGCAGAAGGGGUCUGGAAAUUAUAGAGGUAAUGCGUAACUCUGGGGCAAAAGUAGUGGUGUUAUUCUCACCAGCAACGUACAUGAAACCACUCUUGAGGGACUGCAUGGAGCAGAAUAUCACUGGAAUCCAGUGGGUAGCGAGCGAUGCCUGGGCUAUGACAUCAUUCUUUAGAGGGAGUGAAUACUAUCCCUAUCUGGGGGGUACAAUUGGGUUUACCAUCAAGAAAGGUCACAUUCCCAGAAUGAGUGAUUAUCUGCAGACAGUUAACCCUGAUACACACCCCAACAAUCCUCUAGUGCAGGAGUUGUGGGAGUAUAUCUAUGGUUGCUCUCCUUCAUCUGCCUCUGGAUCACUGCUUCCUCCGUGCACAGGGCAGGAGCUGCUACUGGACCAGACUUAUAUGGAUACCUCCAGUCUGAGAACAGAAUAUAAUGUUUAUAAGUCUGUAUAUGCUAUUGCACAUUCUUUGCACAACCUUCUUCUGUGUCAGCCAGGCAGUGGGCCAUUCUACAAUAAUUCAUGUGCUCAAAGCAACAACAUCCAACCCUGGCAGCUCCAACACUAUCUUCAGGAAGUUGCAUUUAGCAUGGCUGGUGAGGAGGUGAACUUUGACCCGAAGGGCGACUCUGUACCUUAUUAUGACAUCAUCAACUGGCAGAGAAGCACAGGGGGGAAAAUUGAAUUUGUCACUGUGGGGUUGUUUGAUGGAACCAAACCUGCCGGAGAGGAACUGGUGAUCCAGGAGGACAGGAUAAUAUGGGCAGGACAUCAGAGCAAGGCAAGCUGCUCUCUGUGCAGUCCCAGCUGCCUACCAGGUUUCCGGAAGGCUGUCCGUUGUGGGGAGCCUGUUUGUUGCUAUGACUGUGUACCAUGUGACAGUGGCAAAAUUAGCACUAAGACAGAUUCCAUAGAGUGCAUAUCCUGCCCUCAAGACUUCUGGUCAAACAAAUAUGGAACAAGUUGCAUUCCUAAGCAGGUGGAGUUCCUGACCUAUGAUUCUUUGGGUAUCACGCUCACAGUCAUGGCUCUGGUCGGGGCUUUCAUCACUUUAAGUGUAUUUGCAGUCUUUUUCUAUCACAGAAAUACAGCCAUAGUGUGUGUAAAUAACUCUAAACUCAGUUUCUUAAUCCUGCUCUCACUGACUCUGUGUUUCCUGUGUUCGUUGGUGUUUAUUGGAAAGCCGACAACUUGGUCCUGCAUGCUGCGCCACACUGCUUUUAGCAUCACAUUCUCACUUUGCAUUUCAUGCAUUCUGGGAAAAACUCUUGUGGUUUUAGCUGCAUUCAGGGCCACCAGGCCAAAGGAUCGCAUUAUGAAGUGGCUGGGGCCCAAGCAGCAGAAGGCCAUUAUCUUCAGCAGCACUUUAGUUCAGGUAAUAAUCUGUGCUGCUUGGCUCAUUGAUGCUCCUCCUUUUCCAAUCCGAAACACACAGUAUGAACAAUCAAAGAUCAUACUGGAGUGUAGUGUGGGCUCAAAUGUUGCUUUCUGGUGCAUUCUAGGAUAUAUUGGCCUCCAAGCCUGUCUGUGCUUCAUACUGGCCUUUCUGGCCCGUAAGUUACCUGGAAACUUCAAUGAGGCUAAAUUUAUCACUUUCAGCAUGCUGAUCUUCUGUGCUGUAUGGCUGGCAUUCAUCCCUGCUUAUAUCAGCUCUCCUGGAAAUUACACUGAUGCAGUAGAAUCUUUUGCAAUUCUGACUUCCAGCUUUGGCCUGUUGUUCUGCCUGUUUGCCCCAAAGUGUUACAUUAUUGUACUGAAGCCACAACAAAAUACUAAACAGCACCUGAUGGGAAAAGACAGACAUAACAACAUAUAUAUGAGGUAA